AUGACGCGCCUGUUUAACCGCUUCUACGGGCUAUCUGCUGUUGCAGUCUGCAUGAUUUUCAUAUCAGCAUGGUUUUUGACGUCACGGAGUCUUUCCGAUAUAGUCCCUUCGGUAUCAGAGCCGUUCCAAGUAGCUAGUACAUUUGACCAGCGAUUAGUCGUGUUCGGGGAUUCAGGGAGCGAUAAUCAAUCCGGCGAGCCACAGGGCAAGAUAUGGACGGACUGGCUAUGUUCAAUGUUCUCCUGCUACCAAGAGAAUCUAGCGCAGACAGCAAAUCCACUUCUAAAAGGCAGGAACAUCGGUGCAGUGGUCGACAACAAAGAACUCGAUCUACUAGGCCGAUUGUCUCAGACCUACAUUCCAGACUUCAAGUCCCAGCUCCAGCAAUGGCUAGAUGCCGAGUUGGCUGUGACGAAGGGCCUCUCCGAGGAAGCGGUCCGGUCCCGCCAGGACCGGACGAUCUUCGUCGUUUCUUUCGGGGUCUGGGAUAUCUGGAGUCUAAUUACAAAGGACUACGACGCAGCAAGUAAAUCGGUUGAGCGGCGUAUUGCAACGCUUAUGGAUCAACUUGACGUGCUUUCCGAGCAAUGGGGCACAACGGAGCUGAAACUGAUUCUGACGCAGACGGUCGACGUGACUUUCCUACCUGGGUUCAAAUCCGCUGGUUAUCAGUACAAGGAUACGGUGCGGAUCCUGGAAGAGUGGAAUCGGAAGCUGGGUGAAGUGGUCAGGGAGUGGAGUCAUGGCACUGUGUAUCUUUUUGAUACCAAUGCUUUUAUAAUGGACCGGAUCCGUGACUGGCAGCUCUAUGCGGCGGGGAUAGAGGAGGAGAAUGAGCUAGGGAAGAAUUUGGAUGGGUGGGAAAAUGUCGAAGAGCCUUGUGUUGAGAGUGGGUUCGGGGUCAUGAUGUCAAAGGAGAAGAAACAGUGUGAGCAUCCAGAUAAAUAUCUGUUCUGGAACGAAAUGCAUUUGGGGCCUUUCGCUCAGCGGCUCAUGGCUACGGAUAUCUACCAUGGGAUUGAAAUUUGGAACCCUAAAGGAGUGUCACCGAAGCGCCACAACCGACGGGGGUUUGCAGCUUAG